UUUAAGGAAGAAAAAAAAAAAAAAAGUGAGAGAAGGGCAUUUCAUCGGAUUCCAAGUUCGGUGACAUUCAUCUAGAUCAACAUCGACAUGGACUUGAUCAAAUAAUCAUUAUUCAACAGAGCUCGACAAACCGAACUUCAGCAAAGCUUUUCUUCUUUAUCUAUUGACUGAUGCAAUACCUUGAAAUCAUUUUGAAGCCUUGAGCCUCGUGUGUUACUUGUGUGUGCAUUAUCUCCGAUAAUCAAGGCUGUCUGAGCAAGAAACAACUUUCUGGAAACAAUAUUCUACACUCAAAUUUUAUAAAGCACUUACAGAGGAUCUCUCUUUUUUAUUUAUUUUAUCCGGACUCGCUUGAAUAAAAAUCUUAGAAAUGGCCAAGGAAUCCAAGGGUACCAAGCGCUCUACCAUCCACGACGUUGUCGCUCGUGAGUACACCAUUCACUUGCACAAGCAUGUCCACGGCAGAUCGUUCAAGAAGCGUGCUCCCCAUGCCAUCAAGGCCAUCAAAGCUUUCGCUCAGAAGACCAUGGGCACCGCUGAUGUCCGUCUUGAUCCCAGCUUGAACAAGCAGGUCUGGGCUCGUGGUGUCAAGACCGUCCAGCACCGCAUCCGUGUCCGCUUGUCCCGCAAGCGUAACGAUGAUGAGGAUGCCAAGGAGAAGUUGUACACCUAUGUCACUUACGUCCCUGUCACCUCUUUCAAGGGCCUUGAGACUCAGGUCGUUGACGAGUAAAUACGCGACACACAGAAAAUGAAGGUCAAAAAUGAAUAAAAAAAAGAUUGUUCAUCUUUGUUUUGAGCCCUUGAUAGACAAUUGCCUUCAAGUUGCUAUGGGACACAAUUUUGUACAUGA